UGCCUCUCUCGGCCUCGGAUUGGCUGUGGCGUCCGGCGCGGUGUCUCCUGGGAGCGCGUUCCCGCCGCGGCGGCAGCGCCGGUUUGAACUUGGCAGCGACGGUGGUCGCGGCCUUAGCGGCGGGUUCCGUUCGGCCUCCCCUCCCCCGGCCGGACUCGGGCGGUGCAGCCGCGGCCAUGGAGACUGAGGAGGGCGCGCAGCAGUCACCGCGCAGGCGGGAAGAGGCCCCUGGAGGCUCUGGCUCGGAGCCCCAGUCUGCUGCGCGGCCCGCCUCGAGCCCGGCGUCCGCCUCGCUGCUGUCCCUGUCGCACAGCCUGCCGAGUGACUGCGAUGAGGCCGAGGAACUGCGGCGGCGCCGGGGCCGGAGGCGGCACCAGCCAGAGCCCGCCCCCUGGGACCGGGCCGAGGCCGACAGCGAACCGCUACCCGAACCCGCCCCCCGGGACCGGGCCGGGGCCAACAUUGAAGCGCUGCCCGAGCUUGGGAGUCCGCCCCCCCUAUCCAGCAGGGCGGAGCAGAAAACGUCGCUACCGCACGGGGAGGAAGAGAACGAGGAGGCCGACCGCGGGGAGAGGGCCGCGUCCCCGGAAGGAGGGGAGACCUCGGGGCGCGCCAGAAUUAAAGAGAGAGAAACUUCAGAAAAAGAUCAGUGUCUUGUAUUAGAGACAAGUCUGACACCUUGGGAAGAAUGGUUUGUUUGCAAAGAAAAAGAACAACGUGUUCGUCUGCAAAACAGAGCCUUAGAGGAACUAAAUUUACUACAAGAAAAAAAAAAAGAAGAGGAAGAACGUGAAAAAAGAAAAAAAAAUGCUGAGGAAAAACACAAGGAAUGGCUUCAAAAAAAGAAUGAACAGGAAAGAAAAGAAAGGAUACGGAAGCUAAUUAAAGAAAUGGAAGAAAAAGCAGCAAAGGAUCUAGAGAAAGAACAUUUGCAAGAAAAAGCCAAAGAAAAGUAUAAAGAAUGGUUAAGGAAAAAAAUGGCUGAAGAACAAGAGAAAAAAAAAAAGGAAAAGGAAAAAGAAAAGCAGCGGCUUGCUGAACAGCAAGAAAAAAAAGAAAUCUCUGAAAAGAAGUUCAAGGAAUGGCUGGAAAAUUUGAAAAACAAACCUCGUGUCAUUCCAAGGAGCUAUGUUUAUGCCAAUGGGAAACUGACAGGUUACUACAGUGGAAUUGCCUACGCACCUCCAAGCUUUUAUAAUCCAAUCCCAUGGAAGCCUAUUUACAUUCCCCCACCUAACGAACCAAAGACUGCUAAUACUGUGAAGAAGAAGAAGAGCAAAAAACCUCUAUCCAUUCAGCCUUACAGAAGAAGAGCAUGGAAUGAACAUUUGUUAUGGCAAUUUAAAAAUCAGCGCGGCUGUUGGUCACUAAAAGCUUCUGAAGUCUCUGAGGACAAGUAGAGCCUCUCCUUGCUGAGCUAUAGGAUUCCUACCACCCAAAAAGCAUCAGCAGUCAGAUAGUCUUUGGGUGAAUGAGGGAUAGGAUGACCAUCAGGGAGUGUCCAAGGGACCGAGGUCUAGAUUUAUACAAGUAACUUGGAAGAAGCUCAUGACAGUCUGGCUCUUCCAUGAACUUCCGGCUGAUCAUAGGAUUGAGUUCAACAGUCUAUUGAAAAUAUCAAAUCUGCCAGUGUCUCAAUAAUGGCCAGCCAAAGUUCCAGCUCCUUUUGGAAGACUUGACCAUCCUAGAGAGAAAUCUUUUGGAAACCUGAUAACUCCUGUGGCAAUUAGCAUUUGUAUCUCUCACUUGGCACUUUAUUAUCAAGUGUCUUGUAUGUA